AUGGAAACGGAAGUAGAAGAAUUGAAGAAGAUCUACAGGACCCUCCUGGUGCAGAUGGUGAGCGCCGCUGGAACGGGCUACUUCUUCAACACAAAGAGGAACCGCCUCCGAGAGAAACUGGUGCUGCGCAAACACGAUCCGUUUGAGGAAGAUCAAAUCCAUCUGACGCACGCGGACAACGUCUACCUGCGAGGUUUGAACAGACUCUCUGUUGUCACGGAGUACACAAAGUGUUGGGCGAACAGUUCGUCGGGGAGGUCCCGUCUGAACGGGAACGAUGUCUGCGUGCCGGCCGCUCCCACGCUCAGCGCCGCCACCCGAUUGGCUCUGCCGGCCAUCUCCUCCAGAGGCAUGGCGGGGUGCCGGGCCAUGUAA